GGUUCUGAUUAUUGGUUAAGUAAUAUGGAGAACAAAUCUGAAGCUAGCAAAAGAGUCAACAAAAGCCGGUCUGGUCGCCGAGCUGACAUAGAAAUAUACAGACCUGGUGCACUGCGAAAGCGGCAUCACAGACAGGAAAAUCAUAAAGAUUCAAGAAACUCCAGAAAUUCUCUGUCUCAUCAGAAAAGUGAUGGUUUUCAAGAUGAAAAUACCAUUAAACAAGAUAAUGGAAAUUCUUUUCUUGAAAAUAAAGCUGCAAAAAUUCCACAGUCCUGUUCCAAUGAUAAGAAGCAACCAGAUGAAAUUCCUGUUUCAGUUUCAAGAGACCGAUGUGAAAUUACGAAUACAGAAAGGAAAGUAUUGGAUAAAGCUGAUUCAAUGCACUCACCUAAAAUUGAAUCAUUUUCAGAACGGGUUAAUCCUAAAUUUGCUGGGGGACUGGAUUCGGAUAAGAAAAUUUUGCUUUUUCCACGAGUAGCUGAGUUAAACCCAAUUCAAUUUUUGGAUGAAAAAUCCAACCAUUUUGAUGAAAGUACAAAGAAAAAAAAUGAUUUGGGCUUGGAGUUGAACUCUGAAUUGUUUGAGAGUAGCAACUUGAACUUGAAAGAAACUGAUUCUAAUGUGUGUUAUGAACAUUCAUUCUCUUGCAAGCCAUUACUUGACAUUGAUAAUCAAGAUUGCCAGACUGCACUUUUAGAAAAUUCAGUGAAAUUGGAAAGAAAUGAACAAAAAUUUUUGUCUGAUAAAAUCCAGCUUCAAGUAUUUAAGCACAGCUCUAGCAAAAGUGAAAAGGUGUCUCAAAGCAGUUUAUCUGGUAUUGAUUCAAUAUUUCCAUCAAUGAAAAUUUCCACACAAGAUGAAAAAGAGAAAAAUUAUUCUGUUCAGAUUACUCCUACAAACAAUUCCCACUUGCCUUUAUCUGAAGAAAAAUCAGACGAAAGCAGUCAAAAUAAGAAUGCAUUGAAGAUCAACAACCAGGGACCAGAAGCACAAUUAGGAAAGGAAAGUUUGAAUACAUCCAAUAAACCAACAGUGUCAAGUAAAUCUAUAGGCAGCUUGCAAAGCUCUACUAAUAGUGUGCCUCACCACAAUACUGAGCCACGUCAGGGCAAUAAAACUAAUGUGGGACGUGGCAGAGCAAGGAGAGUCCUUGAUAAAGAUCCCUGUAACGAGUCUCGCAGCAGCGUGUUUAACCUUCAGAAUCAGUCUCUUAAUUGUAUUGCUUCUCACUCGUCUAGUGAAAAUGUUUAUACCAAAGAGCUACAAUUUCAUGACGUGUCUGCAACUAUGCAAGGUUCAACCAAUUAUAUUAAGAAAUUGCAUACUAAGGAUGAAAGCAAAUCUGAAAAUUUCAAGAACUUCUCUAAUUUGGGGCAAAAGCCUGAAUCUCAUGUGGGUGUUGACUCAGCUAAAUAUGAAUCACUGUGCGAUGACAAGAAAAACUUUCAACAAGAGAAAGAUGAAGAAUAUCAUUUGGACUCUCAGGGAGAAAACAAAAAUACGAUCAACAAACCUUGUUCUCAUCGAUCUCCUUUUAGAAGUCCCUUACCAUAUGAGCAAAACUUGGCUCAACAUCUAAAUCGUUCUCAGCAAAAUCAGCUGGAUGGAAAGAACAUUUGUGCCUCAAGUAGCUCCAAGGCUGAUGGUAGACAAGUGAUCUCAGUUCCUGGCAAAAAACUUUUGUCAAGUCAUGACUUCCAAAACUUCAACCAUCAAAGACAAGUAAAUGUUGCUGUCAUGGAUGAUAAUACAGAACUGGAAUUUCUUCGGAGUGCUGUUGAUGCCGAGCUGUAUGAUGAACCCAUAAGCACUGCAGGGUAUGAAGAAAUACUGCAUAAUGUCCAGAAAGGAGAGUGUGAUAUUCAGUAUUAUGUCAACAGCAAUCAGAUUCCUCGGGAGUUUCCCCGUAUUAUGGACAUUAGAGUUUAUCUUCAGAGCUGCUUCUUGAAGCUCUUCUCUGGGAACAUUGCUCUCUGCCAUCAGAAGAACAUUGAAGUGCAGAUGUGGAAGACCCUUUAUUACAACAUCAUAGAGAAGUUGCGGGAGUAUGCGACUCACGUGCCUGAGCUGCAGCAGAAGAGCGUCUCCACGUUGCUCAUGCUGGUCAAAGAUGGACACAGUUAUCUGCAGACGUUGAUUCGAGCGCUGGAGAGUCGGCACGGCGUGAGCGUCGCUGCCGUGGCGCGCUGCGGUGACGGCGACGUGAGGCGAGGGCGCGCCAAGAUGGCCUUGGGUGUGGCACAGCGCCUCCUGCUGGACCUGGGGGACCUGGCCCGCUAUAGGCUGCAGUACUGCGGCCCUGGACACGCUGGUGCCAACAGCGUCCUGCCCUACAGACAGAACCUCCUGACGCCUGUCUUGUGUUGA